AUGACAAGAGCAGGAAGCCCCAGCAUCAGCAACAGCAGCAGCAGCAGCAGCGGCAGCAGGUGUUGCGGGAGCAGCAGCACAACCUCCACGAAUUCGUUUUCUUCUUCUCCUGAUGCAACUCUGCUUCAAUAUCAGCAGCACUUAGCUUCUUCUGGUGCUGAGUUAGGCGCUGAAGUGUCUGCUGAGCUUCCCGCUUUUCGCCGUCGUGUUUGUUCUGCUACCAGUGACACUGCAGCAGAGAGCAAUGCACAAAGCCCAGUAGAAGUUGAGGGAGAGAAAAUGCAGAGAAAGAAUAAAGAAAGCGACGCAUUGGAGUCAGAAGCAGCACAGCAUCAUUAUAAAGAGAGCAGCAACAAACACAACAAAGACAAACCCAGCGAUAAAACCUUCAGCGAGAUGAAGACAGCAGGAACAAAUAAAGCAAAUAGCAGCACUAGGAGGCUAACACCGAACACAGAAAGAGCAAAACAGGCUGAAGACAUGAUGAUGAAAACAGAAAACUGCUGCUUUCCUUCAAAGUUAGACGUCUUCGAUCCCAACUCGGAUAUCGCCAAGUCUCCUUAUAGGGGGUUUGCAAUUCUUUUAUUUAUUUGCUCUGCUUUUUAUCUUGUCGCCAAUCCAAUUAUGCGGUGGUAUGAACGAGGAGAAUAUUUCGAUAAAUCCUUGGCCGUGGGGAUGUUCUACGACUUCUUUUUUCUUAUGUUUAUGUGGUUCAAAUUGACAGUCUGGUCUCUCACGGCGUUUGUAUUGCACGUGUUGUUUAUGAAGGGAUAUAUAAACAGAAAAACUUUAUUUGUUUUGCAGCAUCUAACUCAGUUUAUUGCUAUUGCCUAUGCAGUCGCCCACUGUCUGUACAACAAGUGCGUAUGA